AUGUCCAGCGAGACUAAAUACAUGUCAAGCGACGCCGAACGUCCAACGAGUCCGAACGACCUAAGAGUCCGAACGUCCUACGAGUCCGAACGUCCUACGAGUCCGAACGUCCUACGAGUCCGAACGUCCUACGAGUCCGAACGUCCUACGAGUCCGAACGUCCUACGAGUCCGAACGUCCUACGAGUCCGAACGUCCUACGAGUCCGAACGUCCUACGAGUCCGAACGUCCUACGAGUCCGAACGUCCUACGAGUCCGAACGUCCUACGAGUCAGAACGUCCUACGAGUCAGAACGUCCUACGAGUCAGAACGUCCUACGAGUCAGAACGUCCUACGAGUCAGAACGUCCUACGAGUCAGAACGUCCUACGAGUCAGAACGUCCUACGAGUCAGAACGUCCUACGAGUCAGAACGUCCUACGAGUCAGAACGUCCAACGAGUCAGAACGUCCUACGAGUCAGAACGUCCUACGAGUCAGAACGUCCUACGAGUCAGAACGUCCUACGAGUCAGAACGUCCUACGAGUCAGAACGUCCUACGAGUCAGAACGUCCUACGAGUCAGAACGUCCUACGAGUCAGAACGUCCUACGAGUCAGAACGUCCUACGAGUCAGAACGUCCUACGAGUCAGAACGUCCUACGAGUCAGAACGUCCUACGAGUCAGAACGUCCUCCGAGUCAGAACGUCCUGA